AUGUCUCUGUUGUGGAAUGAACAGUCAAGCGCAAUUCUAUUCAUUCACGCUUUUCAAUUUUCCACACAACUCACAAGAGUGAAUACAGACAAUUCUACCGAACGAUUAGGAUUGACAACCUUCUCGUAUUCAUCAUCUUCAAACAUCCUAAAUUGGGACUUUAUUUUUGACAAGACCCCAACCUUGCUGAAAACCAACAACAACAACAACAACAACACCUAUUAUUACUACUUUCAACACUACAGACUUAUCCAUCAACAGCUCAUCAAAAACACCGAGUUCGGCAAUUCAUUGUUUUUACCGGAAGAGCUUUUUCAAUCCACACGCACAACAAACUCGGAUGGAAUUGUCAUUCCUUCUUCGAAAUUGAAAUUGGAUUUGAAUGGAUUAACACAAGGUCAAUUGAAAAGCGCUUCUGACCUUCUCGAAAUACCUGAGUUGUAUCAGAACAAGUAUUACCUUCAGUGCUUCACACUACGAUUGAACACGUCGCUAUUUGAGCAACAUUUGAUUUCGAACGCUACCUAUCGAUCACAAUUUAAUGACAGUAACAUUGAGAACAUCACAUCAUCGAUUUAUGCUCUCUUUCAAAGUGCAUCUAAUCCUUCAUACACAUUUUCCACACUGGAAUUGAUAAGAAAUGCUCUAGUGAUUGACAACAUCACAACGAGCUCCGAUCCUGUGACAAAUAUUUGCUCCUCUGCAUCUCCAGUGAUUCCAUUUGCUUGGAGUUCUUGGAAGUUGUGGUUUGUGUUGGUGUGUCUAAUUGUCAUGCUUGUUCUUUUAGUUUUGUCUGUAUGGAGACCCUAUGUGGUGAUCAUUUGCACAGUGAUUAUUUUCAAUGUGGCUGGAAUUCUUACAUUGGAUCAAACCAUGAUUGGAUUUUCCAAUAGUGGAACACUGGUCAUUGCUCUCUUAUUUCCAAUUGUGAAACCCUUGACACAAAAUACGUUGGUGAAAAAGUUUGCAAAAUUACUUUUUGGAACACCCAUUCCUUUCUAG